UGGAAUACAAGUGACCGGCUUUCUGUAACAUACGACGGAAAAUCAAGAUGAGUAGGCCAAGAGCAUAUUCGAAAUCAGGGAAUUCCUUGUAUGAACUGCUUGGUCUUAAGAAGGACGCUACUCACGAUGAAAUUAGAAAAGCUUAUAGAAGGCUGGCUCUGCGGUUCCAUCCUGACAAAAAUCCAGAUAACCCUGAAGCAGCAGAAAAGUUUAAAGACAUAGCAAAGGCCCACACAGUACUAACAGACACAACCAAGCGUGGAAUCUAUGACCGGUAUGGAUCAAUGGGUAUAUACCUGGCUGACCAAAUAGGCGAGGAGAAUGUCAACAUGUAUCUCACCCUCACUAGUGGCUGGUGUAAGGCGUUGUUUGUGUUCUGCGGUCUGAUCACAGGCUGCUACUGCUGCUGUUGUUGCUGCUGUUGCUGUAACUUCUGUUGUGGAAAGUACAAGCCACGAGCUCCAGAUGAGGAGGGAGAGUAUGCUAACCUACAUGUAAAUAAAGAUGAGUUCAGCAGUCCCGAGGACCAGUCCCCUGUGACAGCCCAACCUCAGAGUGGAUCAGCCACCAUAGUGAUGGGUCCACCACCGUCGUCAGAUGCAAACGAGACCACAAGCCUCAAUGCUGAGUCGAAGCCAACAUAUGGAGUGGAUGGAAAGGAGAUUGAACCGACCAAUCAAAGUGAACCGCACUCGCGACAGAGGCCUCCACUGUUUGACGAUGACAUGGCUCAUAGCUAGUUAAUGUUUUAUCUAGGUCAUUGUUACUGUUAUAUUGCGAGAUGUGGAAGUAUGGGCGCUGUGCGUCUCAACAGAGUGACUGUUAUACAUGUCCAAUAUUAAGAUAAUAUAAGUAAUACAGUAUAGAACAGUACCAGUCAUAUUGUGCUAAAUAAAAGGUUUACGGUGAUAACGACAUAAUCUAUAUUUAACACUGUAUUCAAAACUGGUUGCUUCCAAAAUUGGUCGAUAAGAAGUCAUAUGACUUGUACUGUAAAGCCAUUCUGGGAAGUUUUCUUGGGAGUUAUGAUACUGAGAUGGGUCUUGAGUCUGAAGGACAUCACUUUAUGAAGUGAUAAAAUUAAUUUUGAAUGGAGAAACUUUCUGUAUUUGGAAAAGAAUAUAUGAUAUAGAAAUAACUUUAAAAGUAAAUAUGAUCUGUGUUUCAAAUGGAUUGACAACCAUAGUAAUUUUUUUAUUACAGGUUCUCCAUCAUGUAUGUUAUAGACCUCUAAGUCAGCAUUUGUUACACACUAUAAAAUCUUGGUCCAUCUGAUUUUUCAUGUUUGAGGUAAUAUUUGCCUACUAAAAUAAAGGUUGAUGGAUUUAAAUUUCACACAUUUAUUUGAAGUUGCUAUUUCUGAAUGUUAGGGUUUACUGAUGUAGUAAAUUGAAAUACAUGAUAUGCUUAAUCCUUCCAUAAUGAAUAUUUUAUAGUAUUUGUUAAUGUAAUUCAAAAUGCAUGACAAACUAUACACAGAAUCAAAUUUAUAUAUAUCAUCCUAACUUGUUACCAGAUCCUAUUUUCUUUGUACCUUUGUUUACGAGAUAUGUAAUACUCAAUAUGGAAUGGAAUGAGUUUAUAUUAAAUGAAACAUGAAAUACAUUAUGUUGGAGACCCUAAACCUUAGUAUUUAAAACACCUUUAUAGAACAAACCUUAAAUGUAAGCUCAGUCAUAACCCAGUUAUUUCCCUUGAUGUUUUCAGGUACGUUUUUUAAAGAUAAUUCUUUUAUAGAAAAUUAGAAAAGACUUUUCAGAUCCAGAUUUUCUUUCAAAGAUCAAGUACUAUAAAAGAGUUCCAUUUCAAAACUGAUGGUUUCAAAUCAAGAAUAACUCAAUCAGAAAUUAAGCACAGUACAUGUACAAUAAAUGUUUGAAGGGUUUGUAUUCUAAAAUCCAUAGUUAACCCCCAACACAGCAGUUUGCAAUUAAAGAAAUAUAUCUUGAGGACUAUAUAAAAUUGUAAGUGAUAGUAAAAAAUAAAAGCAGAAUUUUUUGGUAGGUUUUUGUGGCAUGUGGAUGUAUUAUGGUAUUCGGUAGUUUGGGGACAGUGUUAAUUUUGGACACUCAACUAAGUGGUUCUAUACUACUUAUCAACAGAUUAUAUAUAUGGCUGCUUUCUACGAGGCUGUCUACUUAUAUGUUAUAUCGAAUUCCAGCUAAAAUGAGAUCAUAUACAAAUAUAUUGAAUGCAUCUAACCUUGAAGUAAUUUUAGGAUGGGGAGGGGGUUGAUGUUGAAUGUAAUUUUUAUUUUGCAAGGACAAAAAAUGGAAUAUAAAUGUCUGUAAAAUGUCUCACAUUGCAGAUAAUUGGUAGAAUGUUUUGUUUUAUUGAUUUUGUAAAGAAAUUGCACAGAAAGUUGAAAUGGUCACAAACAUUGUUAGAAUUAAGACUAUAUACACAGUUUAAUUUUACAAUAACAGGGGCUGGCUUUAACUAUAUUAUGUAGUUAUUUGGAGAGAGAUAACCAUCUCCUCAGAAGGUCCCUCAUUGUUAGCUGUUUCCAUUUUAUCACCAUUCCUAUGUUUUGUUUAUAUUUUAUAUGCUUUCAUGUGAAUAGGUAAGAGAGAGUAGCUUCAUUGGAGCUCCUGUGUUCUAACAUCCUGGAAAAUUACAAAGUGUUUAAAAAAUAGAUCUCGCUGUCAAGGCUUGCUCACUGAAAGCAACCAUGUAUCUUAAGUCUUUUCCCCUGAUAUGAUUUGUUCAUGAGACUUUUUUUGUCCUGUGCUGGGUUUAUGGCCCCAUGUACAGCCAGGCUGAGUUGGUGCAGUGGUCUGAUAUUGUCAAACCAGAAAAUGAAAAUUACAGUCGCUCAAGUUAAUUAAGGGUGAUUAAUUUUGAAGACAAUUUGUAGUUUAGAGGUUCUGCUCCGGUAGUGAAUUUAUUUGACUUUACCAGAAACCUUGGGAGUGUGUGUAGAAUGAUUGGUUUGUUUGCUGGGUCUGUUAUACCAGGAACAGCCAGGUGUGAAGUGAUUAUAUUUGAUGCGCUGGUUUCAGAACAAACCUGGUUUAUUAUAAUAUUAUAGCCUUUUCUAUUCUUUGUAUUCCUUUUGAGUACAUUUAAACAUGUACAAAUCUUGAUGUUUGUCAGUUGUUGAAGUAUAUGUGACCAAAUUCAUUUGUUUCCAUUUCUAACUGUAUACAAUGAAGGAAUGGCGUCUUUAAUGAAUUUCUUUUUUUUUGUCUUUUAAGGUGAAUUAGAGUAUAAAUACCUGACCUACUUUGCAUAUCAGUUUUUUUUCUUAAAACAUCUCUUAUAUUGUAAAUAUCAUAGUAAAUGGACCAUGUAUGUUUAAAACCCAAGACAUGUUGGAUAGUACUGCUAGGUAUCAAGUUUUCAUACUAAGUAUAAUUCUCCAGAAAGAAUUCAUUAAUUGUAUUGAUCAAAGUCAUAUUGCAUGAUUUAAACAUUUUCCCCCUUGAAAAUUCAAGAGUGUCUGUUUAUAUGUGACCUUUUUCUUUUGUCAUAUUAAGUUCAAAACAGCUGCAUGAAUUUAAAAUUUUUGACAAUGUUUUCGUGUGUUGAGUGUGAGAUAUAUUAAUUUGUUCUUAAUUAUACCGGUAAUGUAAUUGACUUACAAUCAUUUUGUCUCAGCUCUGAUUCUUCUUGAUUUUUCAUGAAUCAGUUUCUGUAAAACAUCCACUCAUGAGUAGAUCCGAUAACGAGCCUUUGUCUGUGUUUUCGGUUUAGUCGUAUGUCACUUGUGUUACGAGAGUAUUAGAUUUGUACAUUUGUAGAGGUACAAACCUGCUGUUGUAUGUACGUGUUGCCAAAUUUCCAGGUUGAUAAGUAAAUAUUUGCUAAAUCAUAAAUUCAAAGAACAUUUUACUUUGUUGGAUUUUUGGCAGCGGUCUGUGAUCAUUUGAUUUUUCCAAUCACAAAGAUAUUAAAUAGUAGGCUGUGAUUUGUUUCAGUACCCAAACACUUGCAACAUUGUUUUAAUAUACAUGUACUGCUAUUAGUCUAUCCAGGUGAAUUCUUUUAAAAGUAAGAAAGUCUCUAUAGUAAAUCUACCAUACAGUCAAACCUGUCUUCAGGGCCACCUGUUUACCAAGACCACCUGUCUGUAAAGCCUAUUCCUUUGGUUGCCUAUGUAAUGCCAUUCAUACUAAUUGAACCUCUAUAUAAAGGCCACUUGUGUAUAAUGGCCAAAUUUUUCCCUUUGAGUGGCCUUUAUAGACAGGUUUGACUACUGUGGCAUUACAUUUGUAUGGCCUUAUUUUGAACUGUAUCACAUGAUUUACAUGUGUGUGGCAUCUUAAUUCCCUUGUUGCUGUGAUGAUAUUUAAGCUUUCAUAAAAACAACCAAUUUGCUAGAAUUAUUAAUACAUGUACAAGGAAAUUAAGACUGUCAUAGUUACUAAUGAUGGUGAUAGAGUGUGUUAAUUGAUAUUCCCAAAGUGUAUUUCAAUAUUUCUUGUAUAAUAGUUGUAUUAAAUAUUUCUUCAAUAUACUCAAAUUUUUGCUAGAUUAUCAUAGCUGUGGUUAACCAUACCUUUAUGCUGUAUGACACAUGUAUCUCUUAGGUAUUAUCAAUUAUCUUUAGCCAGAACACUAAAACAUCUGUCACAUUAAAUUAUCCUUACACAAAUUAACAUUGGUUCUGUGAUGCUUUUUUUUCCAAUGUAGAAUUUAGUCUUAACUCCCUAAUUUGUAUAAAUCGUAUCCUUGACUCUUUUUGAGAAUCACCUGUUCAUGACAUGGGAUAGAUCUGUUCCUGGAAGAUUUGGCUAGAAAUGCAAGGAAUUAUAACAUCUGUGCAAAUACAGUAAUCAAUCUAGAAUUUAUUUUGAUGAGCCUAUUUCAACUUUAUUGCUGAAGAUAAUGGGUCUCACAAUGUGAAAUUUUCUGCAAGUAUUUCAGAAAUAAUUUGAGUCCACUAAAAUUUUAUGACUACAAGACUGAGAAAUUUACUGCAAGUACUUUUAGAAAUAAUUGAGUCCACUAAAAUUUUAUGACUACAAGAUUACUGCAAGUACUUUCAGAAAUAAUUGAGUCCACUAAAAUUUUAUGAGUACAAGACUCAGAGCUCAAAUAUGGAUUAAUCACGGAGAGUACCAUAUGUAUCCACAAGUAAGCCCCCUUCCUUAGUAUCAAAGUUUAGUAAUAACGAGAGGGCUUAUUAUUCAAUAACAAACUACUUUUAGCUUACCAUUUUGAAAUAGAUCAUUCUGCAAAAUGGAAGAGGGGGCUUAUUUGCAGAUUCAUACAAUAGUUUGUGUUAAAGCAUGGGAAAAUAGGAUCCAAUGUUUUGAGUGCAAGAACAAAUAUUUAUGAUUGAAAAAUAGAUCAGUUUGUGUCCUCACUAUGAAGAUGCUGGUGUGCUGAAAGGCCUGAUGGUCAUAAUAGCAGGCGUAAAACCAUUUUAAUAAAUUGAUAUUUAUGAUGGUUGUUUUGAUUGAAAUAUUACAUAAAUUUUACAUGAUUAAAUCCAUCUUUCAACAUAUGAUCAUUAAUUGAAAAUUAUGAUAAUGACAGUAAUUUCAACAAACAUACAUGUAUUAGAUAAUAACUUGAUACAUUUACCUAAGUAGUGUCACAGACUUGGGUUAUAAGAUCCAAAUCUGUGUUACUACCUGGGUAUCAAUUAAUGUUUGAUCUGGAGAUUUAGUGUAGAAGACUGUAAAAGUAGAUAAAAAAAUCUGUUCUUCCAGUAACAAUGUUAACCAGUAAUCUAGGGUUUAAACACAUGAACACAUUGAUUUCAUUAAAGAUAUUUCUUCCACUAAAAAGUAAAGAGUUGAUUUAAUACAAGGGGAGUCCAAAAUUGAAAUUAAAUAUAUAAAUUAUAUUUUAUCAGUCAAACUAGCCUUACUUUAAAAUAAUUUCUAUUUAAUUGGCAUUGUUUUUAGUUCAAAACCAAGUUCUGUGCAUGAAACUGAUUACCAAACAAUUAGCACAAAGUUCUCUUCUCAAGCAGAUGUUGUCCUUCCAGAUUUUGUGUAGUGUGGAAGUUACGAUAAUAUUAUAAUGACAAGAAUGCCCUGUUCUACAGUGACACCAUUGUCAAAUUAUCUAAGUUUUCACUGUGUAGUUCUAUAUACUUACUAUAUACAUGAUGGUUCAUUGUUUACCUUAUAAUAAAUUGCAAUCAUCCUA